AUGACGGUGAAGGAGGCACUGGCGAGCUGGAAGGGCGAGGCGGUGAAGGCCGCCAUGGACGAGGAGAUCCGCAGCCACGUCAGCAUGGGCACCUGGAAGCUGGUUGAACGCCCACACGGGGUGAACAUCAUGAAGAACCGGUGGGUGCUAACGACCAAGUACCGCAUCGAUGACACCGUCGAGCGCGAGAAGCUAAGGCUGGUCGUGAAGGGCUUCACGCAGGUGUACGGCGACGGCUACGACGAAACGUACUCACUAGUAAGCAGCUACGUCACGCCGAGAAUCUUCCUCAGCAUCGUUGCCGUCCUCGACCUUAACCUGAUGCAGCUUGACAUGAAGAACGCUUUUGUGCAGAGUAAGCUCGACCCGGUGCUGUACAUGUACCAGCUAGACUACUUCGACAACGGGACCGGCUGGGUGCUGGUCUACGUCGACGACCUGCUCGCCACCACCAACAGCACCGCGAUGCUGAAGGAGCUGCUGGAGGCCGCCUUCGAGCUGCGUGAGAUCUCACCGGUGGUCAAGUACAUCGGGCUAGAGAUCGUGCGCGACAGGCCAGCGAGGAAGCUGUGGCUGCAGCAGCAGGGCUACGCCGACAAGCUGCGCAGGCACUUCAUUGACGAGGAGCAAGGCGUUCGGAUCUCGAAGACGCCGGUCUCGGUUGACGCCUACACCGAGCUGACAUUCGACGACGAGGAGGCGCAGGAGCACGAGGAGGAGGAGUACCGGCAGAAGGUUGGCUCGCUGCAGUUUGCGGCGACAAUGACAAGGCCUGACAUUGCCUUUGUCUGUAGCAAGCUGGGGAGCGGCCUCACGGUGAGGAGCGACCAGCACUGGCGCGAGGUUGACCGCUGCCUCGCCUACCUCGCUGAUACACUCGAAACCGCUCUGGAGUUCGGCGGUGGACCAAAGUCGCUGGAGCUGAUCGGCUACGUAAACUCGGACGACACGGGCGACAAGCAGAACCGGACAAGCACGGGCAGCUACGAGUUCGUCUACGGAAGGGCCGCUGUCUCUUGGUCGAGCUCACGCAUUAAGUGUGCGACAUUGUUGUCGACUGAGUCGGAGUUCGUGGCGGCCAUGGAUGCUGGCAAGGAGGGACGCCGACUCCGCUUCCUCCUUGCGGAAUUCCAGCAGCUUGAAGCUGGGAAGCCGACUGUCCUUCAGGUGGACAACAAGUCGGCCAUCUCGGUUGCUGAGGGCUUGGGGCUGACGAGCAACCUCAAGCGCAUGGAGCGACGCUAUGCCUGGCUGCAGCACAUUGUGAGGCGCGGGAAAUUCGUGCUGAAGUACAUCCCGACCACCGAGCAGCCGGCCGACUUUCUGACGAAGGCUCCGUCGCGAUCGGCCAAGUGCGCCUGGCCAACGUCGGCGACGGGGACGAUGAUGUGCAGCAGUAGGUGCCGUGCCCUUCUGCACGGCUAG